AUGCCUUCCGUCAAAGCUUUGUUUGUUUCCGCUCUUGUUUCGAGCACCCUUGCGGCUCCUCUCAUCACCCGUUUCGAGAACAAAGAAAAUGCCGCAAGUGUCUUUGAUGAGAACCCUCGGACUUCUCUAGAGACCCGCGAUAUCGAGGCCAGCGAGGACUACGCUGACCUCGAGGCCCGAGAUGAGGACGAGUACGAGUAUGAGUACGUCGAGGCUACUUCUGUCGCUGGCAUCUCUGCUCGAGGUCUAGUGGACGGCGAGGAGUCUGGCGACCUUGAGGCACGGGACCUUAAGGAAGUCAGCGAGGUCUACUCGACGUUCCAGUCUCGUGACUUGGAGGUGGAUGACGAUCAGCAUGGCACUCUUGAGUCUCGUGACAAUAAAAAAUCGUCGUCGAGUCGCACCUCUUCAUCUCGGACUUCAUCUUCGCGGAGCAACAACAACAAUAACAGGGUUGACAAGGGAAGAGUCCAGAAGGAAAAGAACGAGAUCAAGGAUAUCCAAGCAGAUCAGAGAACGCAACAUGCAAGCGGCAAGGCGAAGGAAGCCAAGGAGCGGGCAGAAAUUCAAGAGGCCCGCGAGAGACAGAAGGGCGCUACGAACUCCCGAGACAAGGACGCUGCUAGGCGCAAGAAGCUUGAAGAGCAAGAUUCCCUUGACAGAGUGAAGGGCCAGAACCAGAGAGACAAGGCGCGCCUCCAAGCCCAAAAGGAGAAGGAGAAGCAGGAACUGGCGGACGCCAAGAGGGGUGGACGUGGCGGCAGAUUCGUUGAGACACCUGAGACGUCAACAAACUUCAACCCAAAAUCUUAUGGUGGCAAGUCGGGAACUUACAACGACUACAAGAAUCCCAACUACCAGAACAAGGACAGUAACUAUUACUCGAACCAGCGCAACAAGGACGAUGAGAGAAUCCGUCAACUGGAGAGAGACCGCGCGCGUGAGGAUUCUCGUAUCAACAAAGCUGAGUAUAAUAAGAACAAGAGCGGCGACAAGAUCAAGAAUGGAGAGUAUAACAAGGACAAGGAGGAUGAGGCAAUCCGCAAGGCUCAAUACGAGAAGCAACGGAGUGGCGAGCGCAUCCAGGAUGCGGAACGAGCCAAGGACAGGUACGGCAACAAUGCAAACAAGAACAGCUAUGAUCAGGAAAUCCGUGCCGAAGAAGCUAGACGCCAGCGUGCGGACCAACAGAUCCGCGAAUCUCAGUACGACAAGAACAAGCAAGACCAGUUGAUCAAGGCUGAGGAGGACCGCCGCACUAGGUACGACGAGCAAAUUCGGAAAGCCCAGAACGAUAAGGAUAAGUACGGCGACCGCAUUCAGGAUUAUGAGCAGCAACGCAGAGAGGACGAGAGGAGUCGCAAUGGAGGGUACUAA